CUGGUCCCUCUCUAGAGUAAACUAACGCUCACCCUUUGACUCCCGGUCAAGAGUCGCGCUGAGCUGACUGUGGCCGCCCCCAACAGCAUUUAGAGCUGUGCAGGUGAAGCCUCUGGACCAGCUGCUUCCAGGAGCCAUGCCGACUGUGGACGAUAUUCUAGAACAUAUAGGGGAAUUCCACCUUUUCCAGAAACAAACAUUCUUCCUCUUAGCUCUGCUCUCAGCUGCCUUCACACCCAUCUACGUGGGUAUCGUCUUCCUGGGCUUCACCCCUGACCACCGCUGCCAGAGUCCCGGGGUGGCCCAGUUGAGCCAGCGAUGUGGCUGGAGCCUGGCAGAGGAGCUGAACUACACAGUGCCAGGCCUGGGGGCUGCGGACGAGACCUUCCUCCACCAGUGCAUGCAGUAUGACGUGGACUGGAACCAGACCAGCCUUGACUGCGUGGACCCUCUGUCCAGCCUGGGUGCCAACCGGAGCCACCUGCCUCUGAGCCCCUGCCAACACGGCUGGGUGUAUGACAUGCCCGGCUCCUCCAUCGUCACAGAGUUUAACCUAGUGUGUGCUCACUCCUGGAUGCUGGACCUGUUUCAGUCGGCAGUGAAUGUUGGGUUUUUCGCCGGUGCUGUGGGGAUUGGCUACCUAGCAGACAGGUUUGGCCGAAAGCUCUGCCUCUUGACCACCAUCUUCAUCAAUGCCACUUCUGGGGUUCUCAUGGCAUUUUCCCCAAACUAUGCCUGGAUGCUGGUGUUUCGCUUGAUCCAGGGACUGGUCAGCAAAGCAGGCUGGUUAAUUGGCUACAUCCUGAUUACAGAAUUUGUCGGGCUGGGCUACCGCAGAACAGUGGGCAUCUUUUACCAAGUCGCCUUUACCAUUGGGCUCCUGGUGCUGGCGGGAGUGGCCUACGCCCUUCCCCACUGGAGGUGGCUGCAGCUCACGGUGACUCUGCCCAAUUUCUGCUUCCUCCUGUACUUCUGGUGCAUACCCGAGUCUCCAAGGUGGCUGAUCUCCCAGAACAAAAAUGCAAAAGCCAUGAAGAUCAUUAAGCACAUUGCGAAGAAAAAUGGAAAGUCGGUGCCAGCCUCUCUUCAGAGCCUGAGGGCAGAUGAGGAGGCUGGCAAGAAGCUGAACCCUUCAUUCCUUGACUUGGUCAGAACUCCUCAGAUAAGGAAACAUACUUUGAUCUUAAUGUACAACUGGUAA